ACAUUUGGUCAGUUGUCAUUAUACAUAAAUUAACCAUCUUUCGAGGUAAAUACUCAGAUACCUAUCUACUUGCUAGGUAUCAACUAUUAUUAAAUGUUCCGUGAUUAAUUCGUUACAAAAUGGGUAUAAAAUCAAUUAUAUUUAUUUUGAAUUGCCUUCAGAUUUGUCUCAGUUAUCCGAUUGACGAUCGUCAAGAUAAUUUUAAUCUGGUUGAACCUUCACCAAAAUUUUUAAAUGAAAUUCCCGAAUUAAUACCAGUCGUAGGUUCAGAAUAUGCGAAUCAUCAAGGAAUUCCGGAAGUAGUCCCAUAUGCCAAUCAGUUCGCUUUCGAUUUCCCAGACGACACACCAACCAUCAACACUAAUCAUUUCGGUAAUGGAGACAGACCUUUUGUUAGACCACCCCGGCCACGACCACCACCAGACGAUGUGGAAGUCUUCGCACCUCCAGAACAACCACGACCACCGAGACCCUAUCCACCCUCAAGGCCCAUUCCGCAAGGCCCCAAUUAUGGACCAUUCUGGCCUACAAACGGCAGACCAGUGACUUUUCCAAAAGAUGGUGUUUUGAGAGAAGGACACAUUGAAAUGGUACCAGUUUUAGUCGAAAAAGAUCAAAUCAACUUGAUACCAGAACGUAUAGAAAGUAAUAUGCAAAUUGUACCAGAAUCAACGAGGAAUGAAGAGCCAAUGAUGGGAAAAAAAGACUUACCAAUGUCAACGAUAAUGGCUGAAAGUCCAAAUCCGUUAGUUUUAGUUGAAGAAAGAGAACGACCACAAAUUAUGCCCGAGAUCAUUGAAAAUGAGCCAGUUCGUAUGACUCCUGUACUCGUGGAGAAGCUAGCUAGACCUGUAAUAAUUGAAGACGAGCGUCCAAAAAUGAUGCAGUUAAUGGAAAACGAACAACCGAUGCCACAGCCAAUAAUUAUUGAAAAUGAAAAAUCCUUCGAGCAACCACCAAAAUAUCCUCUGAUGACACAUUUAAAUGAAAAUGAAGGAACUAUGAUCGUUGAAAGAGAAUCCCCGAGAGAGCCAAUGCUAAUGGUUAUGGAAAAAGAAGACCCAUUCAUGAAACCAGUUCAGCGUCUUCAAGAAGUGCCUUUUUCUCAAAAUGAAGCAUUCAGAGUUGACGAGAGGAAAGAUGAAACAUUAUUUUCUGAAGAUCAAGGAUUCAUGGGUGAUGAGAGGAGAGAUCCUUCAGAAUUCAUACACAUACCCCAACGACUCCCAGAAAGAUUCAAAAGAAACGAUCAUAAUGAUCUAGAAGCUACCAAAUCGUUUUCAAAUUUUCUCGAGGAUAAAUUAAUCGAUCGACAAUCAAUUGUUGAUAAUGAAAUAAUGAUGAAGGACGAGAGCGUAUCAAAUUCAGAAAAUCCUGAAAAAUACAAGAUUACUAUGGGCGAUGAAAAUAUCACACCCACUUCUACGACGAGCACAUCACUUGAUCAUGAUUCCAAGGACGACAUGAUUAAAAAUGAAAUCCCAUUAAAUGUUGAAAAUAUUCCGAUCACGAAUUCUGAAUCUCUUAAUAAUGAACCAAAUCAUGAAAUAUCAGCAACAACAAGUACACUUGACUCAAAAAAAAUAGAUUUUGAUCACGAUGCGAAGGAACCGUUGUCAAAAGACAAUAGUUCAACUACUACCAUACAACCAUCGAAUAAUGAAGUAGAUGAAAAAAUAACCCCUUCGACAAGCAUUUCGGACGUGAAAGUCGAACAUGAAAUUGAAACUCAAACAGCACUUAACGAAAAAAUCAUAAAUAAUGAAAACAAUCAGGAUAAAACUGAAUCAAGUCCUCACCCAGUUGAAAUUUCCACUACCUUAAGCCCAAACAAUGCAUUUCAACAAACAACGACCGUCCCAAUUGAAUCGAUGGAUCCUGCAAAAAUACUCGAACUUGUCGAAGAUUUUGAAAACAAAAUUGAAACGAAUCAAGCUGCAUCAAAUCAUAUAAGUGAAAACUCACCCGCAAUGAAUGCGACAGAAGAUUUCACACAUCAUUCAAAUGAGCAUAAGCAAGAAUCACCCAUUACCGAUGAUAAACAUCCGAUUGAGUCGCCAAACAUAAAUCAGCCUUCAGUUCACGACGAUGCAACCAUAACACCACCAGCGUCGAAUACACAAAUCCAUAUUUCCCAUCAACCUUGCAGUCCUAUCGAAUCCGUUGAGCAGCAGAUGACUCUUUUGCACGAAUUACCACCAAACGAAUUUUUUUCCCACGUUCCAUAUUUUUAUCCUACACAUCAAAGUUACAACAAUUAUUAUGAGCUGAACCAGUUGAUUAAACCUCUUCCUGAUUUUAUAAAUGCACCAUAUGGGUCUCAAAGUUUGUACAAUUUUCAUCAGCUACAAGGUCUGACUCAAUUAUACCCCAUCAAUAGUAAUAGACCAUAUUAUCAAUAUCCAUUUCCUAUUCAUCAUCAUGUAAGGUUAAUAUUCACAGAUUGAAAAUAUCGUUUUUUAAAAUUUAAGUUAUAUUUUUUGCAUGCUUUAGUACGAAUAUAGGUAGCUAGUACCUACUGUAACAAUGUUGCAAAUAUUAAUGAAUUAUGUAGAAUAAUUUUACGAAUAAAGUUUAGUCUCACGAA